ACCGCUGUUAGAUACGCCCUUGAUAUUGCAAGGGGAAUGAACUAUCUACAUGAGAUCAAAGGAGACCCUAUCAUCCACCGAGAUCUUGAACCUUCAAACAUACUGCGGGAUGAUACAGGGCAUCUGAAAGUUGCAGACUUUGCAGUAAGCAAGCUUGUUACUGUUAAAGAAGACAAGCCUUUGACAUUUCUAGACACUUCUUGUCGAUAUAUUGCUCCCGAGGUUUUCACCAGCGAUGAAUACGACACCAAAGCUGAUGUUUUCUCCUUUGCAUUGAUAGUUCAAGAG